UAGAACGCCCUCUAUCGCAAUUAGAAGAAAUCUUUGCUGAAAGAAGCCUGUGAAAGAAUCCUCUGGAAAGUAGGCAUUGAAUCUCCGGUUAUCAAAAUCUUUACGUGAGAAUUUGUUCUUAUCCCGAAGCAAAAACAUAUAGCAGCCAAGAUGUGCGACCGCAAAGCGGUGAUCAAGAAUGCCGACAUGAGCGAAGAGAUGCAGCAGGAUGCUGUAGACUGUGCAACGCAGGCACUAGAGAAGUUUAACAUUGAAAAGGACAUUGCGGCAUUCAUCAAGAAGGAGUUCGAUAAGAAGUACAACCCGACGUGGCAUUGCAUCGUGGGGCGUAACUUCGGGUCGUACGUGACGCACGAGACUCGCCACUUCAUCUACUUCUACCUGGGCCAAGUGGCCAUCCUGCUGUUCAAGAGCGGCUAGGCGGGGCGGCGCCCCUUCAAAAUUUUAUGUUGUUAGCGCAGACGCAGUAUUACCGGGCGACGGGUGCGGCGCAUGUGUCGUGUGUGUCAGUGUGAGUGAGCGAGUGAGUGACCUGUGAGUGAGCGGCGAGCGAGCUGAGCGAGUGGUGACUGAGACUGUAUGUGUGCGGCACGCCACGCGAGUACGGACUAGCCUUUACGCCCACUGUUUCAUAUUCAGAUGCUGGACUUAGCUGCGUCGAAACCUUCACUUCUUAGUCCCCGGCGCACUCGAUGUAUGUUUGUACUGUGUUAGCUAAUAUUUAAGACUCGAUAUUGACUUGGGUAAAACAUUCACUUCUAGUGUAUUUAUAUUUAAAAAUUUUAGUUAAUGAUUCCUAGACUUAUUACCUAGCAUAGCGUAAAAGUCAUAUGUUAGUAUAUAACUAAAUUUAUUGUUUUAAUUCUUUGUUAAUACACCCUGUGAAAAUAUUUUUCAAUACUUCUUUAUUAAACUUUCUUACAAACCAAACUUCUAUAUUGUUUAUACUUAAUACUUUCCUUGUAGUUUCUAUUAGUUGAUACUUUCUGUAGAAUUUUAAUAUAUACACCUGAGGUUACUUGAACACUUAUUACAAUACUUUACCACAUAAAUACUUAGUAGUCUCUAGCAGUUAAGCAAUAUAAUCUUAUCAACUGAGGCAUCUACCACAAUCAUGAGCAACACUAAUGAUCAAAAGUUACACCUACAGACAACCAACAUUGAACCAAAAUCUCAUUAUGCCACCUUAGGAUACUAAUAGUAUACCUACCUACUAAUCUAAAAUGUUUUAUAUUGUGUAAUCAAAUUAAUAAAGCAUUUACUUUUGACUGUA